AUGGAAACUGAUCUAACUCAUCGCUUAUGUCUAUUGUUACAUUCGGUGGUUGGACACUCUUAUGACAACGACUCGAACUUGAAAGUCCUUUGUGAUCUUGAGGGUGGAAAGCUUCUUUUAGACUGGCUAACUUCUCAAGUUUCAACCAAUUUAACAGAAGAAUACACUGCAGACGAGGAACGGGUUGCCUCUUUGAGGGAUAUACUCUUAGAGGAAGAAGAAAUGUCAAUUUUGAAUACCAUCGACUCUUCCGCAAAUAAUUACACCAAGCCCAUUAUAGUGGCUCCCAGCGAUUAUAUGCUGCCUUCUCAAUCAAAAAAGCAUGCCAACUAUAUAAGAAACGAAACACAAGUAAUUCAAUGCGAGGCUAAUGAACUGAGGAUGAAAAUAUCUCAAACCAAGAAUGAGCGAAAAAGAUCUACCAGAACCCUCAAGCUGUUAAGAAGCAUCGCUGGAUCGUUGGCCUCGGUUAUUACAGAAUCGAACGAAGCUUUAUCAGAACUCUCUAUUGGUGUGGACGCGACCAUCACUUCCACUGUAAAUUCCGCUCAUGGCCUACUCUGUGCCUACGAAUGCUAUUUACGUCCUAGUCCCAGUGGCGCCGUCGAACAUAUGGAAAUGGGUGUUUCGGGACAGGCACCUCUUAAAAUGAUACAAGCACGUCUUUUCGGUGUUACAAAGAACCUUCAGACCUACUUAACUCGAUAUUACGAACUGCGCAAAAAGGAGUUGCGCCGACUACAAGAUUUAAACUACGAAGCUAAGAGACUGAGCAAUACUUUGAAAUCCACACACAUUGGUAUGCUGGCACAAGAAAUACCAGAUUCAGAACAAUCUCAGGCCUUGUUACAAGAAUUAAUUGACAUUUCUGGAAUACUUCAAAGCCAGCUCUCAAGUAACCCACAAUAUUCGUUCGACCGAUUCGCCAAAUCCCUGGUUCCAAUUGACUCGGAUGAAGAAAUUGAUCCCCAUCCAUUCGGAACCACUGACGCGAAUUCAGUUAACGAAAACAUUAUUGGUGCCUGGAAGAAGGAUCAACUUUCCAUUAUACGGUGUCAUGAAGAGGAAUUAUAUGAUGUGUCUUCUUCUCUCAAUUUCGCCCUAUCACUGCUCCAAAGCUUGCACAAUAGUAUCCUUCAAGUCAUACAUUUUACUCGAGAUGCAGAAUCGACCCUUCAAACUCUUAGAGAAGAGCUCGCAGAAAUUGAUACAGAAGCCAGCAUUGGUAAUAAAAACCAAACGCGCCUUGAUAUGGAAGAUGAACUUCAACACGAGCUCAAACUCGCCUUGACUUAUUGCACAAGGAAUGGUUCGCCCACACUACUUCUUGACAAAGAGGAUAUUUUAGUGCAACUACGUUUGCUCAAAUCUAAAGCGGAGAAUUCGGAAAGAUCACAUAGAUAUUGGGCAACAAAUGUCAUAGCCGACUGCUCCCUGAGACCUGUACAUCCUUUGCUACCUGGCAUUUACUCUCAGUCGACUUUAAACUCAUGUCCGCCUUUUGAAUUUUCUGCCAACACACGCGAACUGGAGACUGAAACGAGGACAAGGAUGAAACAACUGCAUACCCUUUCAAAAUCUCUUGAAGAGGAAGUGCAGGGAACAUUUUCCAAAGAUGAUCAUUGGAAACGACUGAAGGGCUUUGUUGACAGAUGGACUUUGUCUAGGGCGGGGGUCGCUUGA